AUGCCACCGAAGCAUCUCGCGCUGUUCGUGCCGUGGGAGUCUUUCCUUCAUGAAGAAAGCGGCGACAUCAACGACAUCUGGACGCGGGCGCAGAGCGCCCUCUCCCCGCGUAUAUGGCGCCUCGUUGCAAACGUGCAGCUGCUUCGGCGAUCUGCCGAGGACGCUAAACGCGACGCCAAACAAUGGGCAGCAUCAUGCGCAGACGAUUAUGCAACGGCGGCGCACUUUGACGAAGGCGACGGGGCCGAGACAACCGGGGAAGCGUACGAGGCCGGCAAAGUUGGAGACGCGACGCGACUCAUGGACGUCAUACGAACCGCCCUGGGCCCAAGCCAGGUGACCGCCGGUUCGACAGAGCUGAGGAGGAUGUUGCAGCAGCUUGGACGAUUCCAGCACUCGGCUCUCGGGUCGUCGACAGAGCUUGAAGCAGCUGCAAUGCGGGCGACAAGUGUUCGAAGAAUAAACUUGCCGGGCGAGGCGUUCACGGGGGCGCCUUUGCCGGCGCAGGACCAAGUCAGAGGCAUCAAAUCGCAGCAGAUGAGCGCAUCGAAGGAGAGGGAGAGGAUGAUUCAAGGCAUACAAGGCCGACUCUCUGUCGCGGGCGCGGACCACAGUGCUGCUCUGCGCGCCGUGAUGAGUGGUUUCGGAGAGGACAGCAUCGAGGUAGCGGCGACCGAGGCGCCGGAGCGGCAUGAGGCCCGGGGCGCGGGAAUGGAGGUACAGAUCGGCUUGUCGCGUUCAUUUCUCGCUGCGGGGAGAGAGUGGGCCAAGCAAUCGACGUUGAACAAAAGGCAGUCGAUAGCCCUCCUGGUCAUCUGCCGGCAACUAGAUCGCGUGGGGGGGAGCGACAGGGCUGACGGCGGGCAGCUGUGCCAGUUCAUCGGGGGCGAAGGCGGGACGGGAAAGUCGCGCGUCAUCGAAGCGCUCGUGGGCCUAUUCGCCGCGAGAGGCAUGUCGAACCGCAUACUCAUCACAGCGACGUCCGGAGCCGCCGCGGCGAGGAUCAGCGGCAUCACCAUACACUCUGCGUGCGGAUUCUCAAAUGACGCGAUGGGAGGCGCCAGCGCCGUCAAGGACGUCGAUAGGGUGCAGCUACCGAAACAGGCAAAGCGGUUCGUCCAUAGCCAGUCACGGAUAGACUAG